UGAUGGGCAGGACUGAGCAGUAACCAGUCCCAGAGAGUGGGAGCAGCAGUCAGUGGGAGUGUAGCAGCAGCUGCAGCGGCAGCAGCUCCUCACAGCGGACACAGUCAGCCCCUCCGUCCGCAGGAAAGACGCUCCCAGUCUCUGGAGUUAGCGGGCUAACUCGCCGACGCUAGCUAACCCAAAAAGCUUUAAAAAUGACGAUGACGGAACGGGACGGCCGCAGCGUCGAGGGCUUCGUGUGCCCCGAUGAAGUGACAGCGUCGUGUUGUUGAUGUUCCCCUCGGUGAGAACUUGAGUUAUGCUCUCGCGAAAGAAAAGUAAAAACGAAGCGUCGAAACCAGCCGAGGUCCACGGGAAGUAUGUGAAGAAGGAAACGUCGCCGCUCCUGAGAAAUCUUAUGCCCUCAUUCAUCCGCCAUGGACCCACUAUUCCCAGACGCACAGAGGUCCCUCUGCCGGAGAUGGCGCCCUCUGCCUACCCUCCUCCCAGUCGGGAGCCUGUGGCGUCCCGCAACAAGAGUUUCCUCCGUACCCCAGUGCAGAGGCCUCCACAUGAGGUGGCUCGCAGAGAGAGCCACCGCCUGUCAGCACCUCCUUACCUACCCCGAAGCCUGGGAGAGCUCCCGCUCGAGUACGGUGGCUCGUCACAGUCUUUCCUCACAGACGUGAUUCCCAUGACUGAGAAUGGAGACGCUGCCCGCUAUUAUUACCCCUCUGAACCCUACUAUGACAGCCAGCAGCACCAACAACGGCAGCAGCAGCAGCAGAGCCAGCCCAGGAGGGUCCCUGAGCGCUUUCCUGAGGACUAUAGAUACUAUGAGCACAAUGAACACAACUUCCAAAGAAUUCCCCGACAGCACACUCCCCCAGCUCCAAGCAGACCCCCCUCAGGCAUAGGUCGAAUACAGGCCAAGUCCCUGGGGAACCUCUCCAGUCUAACGGCCGAGGACCUCCCACUUCCGGGAGGCUGGACCGUCGACUGGACCAUCCGUGGCAGGAAGUACUACAUCGACCACAACACUAACACAACACACUGGAGCCACCCGCUGGAGAGGGAAGGGCUCCCUCCGGGCUGGGAGAAGGUGGAGUCAGCGGAGUUUGGGGUCUACUAUGUGGAUCACAUCAACAAGAGGGCACAGUAUCGCCACCCCUGUGCUCCAAGUGUGCCUCGCUACGAUCAGCCUCCCCCUCUACCACCUCCUGUGACCUAUCAACCACGUCCUGCAGAGAGGAACCAGCCAGUGCUGGUGCCAGCGAACCCGUACCACACAGCCGAGAUCCCAGACUGGCUUCAGGUUUACGCCCGUGCCCCACUAAAGUAUGACCACAUCCUGAAGUGGGAGUUGUUCCAGCUGGCCGACCUGGACACGUACCAGGGCAUGCUGAAGCUGCUCUUCAUGAAGGAGCUGGAGCACAUCGUCAAAUCGUACGAGGCGUACCGACAGGCGCUGCUGUCCGAGGUGGAGGCUCGCAAACAACGGCAGCAGUGGUACGCCCAGCAGCCCGGCAAGAACUUCAUGGGGAACAUGUGAUGUGCAUGCGCGCGUGCGUGCGUGUGUGCGUGUGCACCCGGGACGCCGCACUGCCACGCCCCUCUGUGGUCUCUAUAGUUUGGGAGCGGUCAUGGUUUCCCCUUUGAAAUCAUGAUUGACGCUUCAUUGCCUCUUUUACCAAACACAUCUGUGCCUUCGCUUGAUCCAAAUAUAUCAGCCAGGAAGUUAAGGCACUUGUCCCCUCGUCCCCGUCCCUCCAUGUGACACUCAAUUUAUGAAUGACCAUGUGAUUGAAAGACACUACAAUGAAGAAAAAGAGAAACAUAUAAUGAUGCGCUACAUCUGGGGAAACUGCUCGUGGUGCCAUUUUCAUCCGCUGCCCUGAGAACCGAGUUGCUGUGUGGACUUUUUAUUGUUUAUGAGACUGAGAUCAGAGACUGAAAAACUCGGUAUUUUUGUUUGAAAAAAAAUAACAAAACAAAACACAACAACAUUGUGCCUUUUUUAAUAAAUAAAACGCAGCAUUUUUACAAUGUCUGCUCAUAUUAUGUGUGUACACCAGCCACGCCGUCAUUUUUUCCUGUGGGAGAAAACGGGCAGGCGGCUUUGUCUAAUUUGUCCCCAUAUGAAACACAACUUCAUGACUAUUUUCCCUUCGCUUUGUUACCCUCAUAAACUGAAACCACAGUCUUUUUACAUGACACAGAGUGUGUGUGCAUUUUUCCUUUUCUUUUUUAAAUGACAGACCGUAUGCUUUAUGAGACAAUCCACCAAAACGUUUAACAGAUAUUUAAGUUUUUGAUAUGAAACACGUCUUUAUUUAAAAGACCUUUUUAUUAAAAGAAAAAAAAAGUUCUGAGCUUCUCUCGGCUCCUCGGCAUUACUGUGCGUCAGGAAUUUUCUCAUGUUUGUGUGUAAAAUGAAAGAUAAAUAAGCUACUGGAACUUUUUUUUAAAACACUUCAGAAGACGCAGUAAGUUUGCCAAACAAGUGCAAUUCAAUUUCUUGUCGUUUCAUUCUUCCUGCCUUGGUGGUGCCUUGUUUUCAUGGACGGACGCAUCUGUUUGUGUGAUUGCAUGGAAGUACAGGUUCUUGGAAGCAUAUUCUAUUGAUUACCAAUAAAUCAACAAAUCCUAAAAUCUAA